AUGGAUCCAGAUCUCACCAUCGUCCUGCUGGGAGACUCAGGAGUGGGUAAAAGUGCGACAGGAAACACCAUCUUAGGACGGGCAGCGUUUGUGUCUGAGCCGUCCUUUGACCCAGUAACAACAACCAUCUCUGAGCAGACAGGAAGAGUGUUAGAGAAAAACAUCUCAGUGAUCGACACUCCUGGAAUAUUAGACUCAGAACAGGAGGUCAGGACCAGGUGUCAGAACAUCCUGCGGUCCAGCAGACCCAAACUGUUCCUGGUGGUACUCAGUGUGGGUCGGUUCACUGACGAGGACCAGGAGGCUGUAGAUGCAGCUAUCAGAGUUCUGGGAGACGAGGGGUUAAAACACAGUUACCUGCUCUUCACAUCUGGAGACAGUUUGAGCACUUCUCUGAAGGAGUACAUCUACGAGUUUAAAUCAAGUCCACUGAGACAGAUAGUCCAGAUGUUUGGAGAAAGAUUUCAUCUGUUCAAUAAUAAAACCAACGAAGAAGAACAAGUCAAACAACUACUGCAGAAAUCACAGGAAGUGCAGAAAGUUCCAGAGAUCAACCUGCCAGGUGUGUCCAUCGUCCUGCUAGGACACCAUGGAGUGGGUAAAAGUGCGACAGGAAACAACAUCUUAGGACGAACAGCGUUUGAGUCGAAGCUGUCUGUCAAACCGGUGACCACACAGAUCUGUGAGCAGACAGGAACGGUGUUAGGGACACUGGUCUCAGUGGUGGACACUCCAGGAAUAUUAUGUGAUGGUGCUCAGAGGAAGAUUAAGACCUUCUGUCAGGAAGGUCUGCAGUUCUCCAGACCCAAACUGUUCCUGGUGCUGCUCCGAGUCGGCCGCUUCACUGCAGAGGACCAGAGGGCGGUGGAGGCCGCUGUCACACUGCUGAAAGGUCCACAGUUUGAGACCUGUUACCUGCUGUUCACAGGCGGAGACGCUUUGAAGGACAUCACACUGGAUCACUAUAUCAAUGAAGACCAUGAGGGUCCUCUCCAGAACCUGGUCCGCAGGUUCUCAGGAAGGAUCCACGUCUUCAACAAUGAAGAAGGAGGACAGGAACAAGUCACAAAGCUGCUGCUGAAGUCAGCUGAUGGUCUCAGGAAGUCUCUCCAGCUGGUGAAACGGAGGAUCAUUCUGUUCGGUGUUUCAGGAUCUGGGAUCAGUUCUUCAGGAAACACCAUCCUGGGCUCAAAUGUGUUCUCAUCAGACUUCAGCUUUGAGUCAGUCAGUAGAGAGAGAGUCUGGGAGUCAGCAGAGGUGGACGGUCACUGGCUCACUGUGGAGGACUGUCCUGGACUCACAGUCAGAGAUAAAUACACAGGUCUCAGUCAGGUGAUGGGGAGGAUGAGGAUGAUGAGGAGGAUGACAGCUGAUGAUGAUGAUAAUGAUAAUGUACAUGCUGUGGUGUUUGUGGUGAGAAUCGGCAGGAUGUCCAGAGAGGAGUCGAUCCUGAUCAGGUUACUGACAGAAGAGUUUAGCGAUGGUAUUCUUCAUCACAUGAUGGUUCUGUUCACUCAUGGAGACCAGCUUAGAGGCCGGUCCAUCGAUCAGCCGAUCCAGUCCAGCCCACGUGUGUCUGACCUGGUGUCCAGAUGUGGAAGACGAUACUGUGUGUUCAACAACGAGGAGACAGGAAACACAGAGCAGGUCCGAAAGUUCCUGAACAUCAUCGAUCAAAUAACCGGAGCAGACCAGGACCCGGAGCAGACCCGGACCAGGACCCGGAGCAGACCCGGACCAGGACCCGGAGCAGACCCGGACCAGGACCCGGAGCAGAACAGGACCAGGACCCGGAGCAGAACCGGGAGCAGACCCGGACCCUGA